GUCCUAAAGUGGUGAUUAAUUUUCUUUAAAUCUUAAUCAUUUAUAAUGAAUAUUUUCUGUAAAUAAUGUGUAUUAUAAAAAGAUUUUUAAUUUGUCAUAAAUAAGUAUGCUUAGAAGUUGUACAAUAAUUGGAUUCGAUAAAAAACUAUUUGAUGUAAUUUAUAUUCUUCAAAAUAGUACUUAAAAUUUCAAUUGUUAAAAAUGAAGUGCUAUAUUUGUUCUAAAAAUGAGUCAAAAUAUAAAUGUCCAAAAUGUUCUAUAAAAUAUUGUUCAGUUGCAUGUUAUCAUAAUCAUUCAUCAAAAGACUGUACAAUAAAUUCUCAAUCUACUAAUUCUAAUGAAGAUUUAAAUAUUGAACAAUUAUAUCCUACUGAAGACACUAUACCUAUAGAGAAGUUAAAUUUACUUUGUUAUGAUAAACAGUUAAAAAAAUUAGUGUCUAAUUCAUUUCUCCAAGAAAUUUUAGCUAAGAUUGAUAACAGUUCUUCUCCAAAUGAUGAGUUAGAAAAAGCCAUGGCAGUACCAUUGUUUGAAGAAUUUGUAAGACGAUGCCUUAAGAUAGUACAAUGUGAAGAUACUACCUGAUUUUACAAAUAAAUUUUCUGCAUUUAUUUUACUAUAAUUUAUUAAGUUGUGAAUUUGUGAUGAAAAUAAAGUUACUAUUCUUUUGGGAGUAA